AUGGAUUAUCUUACUUUCUUCUUGGCUAUUCUUCACGUAUACAGAGCUCUAUGCGAAGAGAUGUUUUGGGACACAACUGUCAAACUUGCUGAGAAUAUGAGUCUAGAGUGUAUAUAUUCAUCACUGGACACCUUAACUCAGGUGGAAUGGCUCAAGAUCAAUACAACAAACAGAGAGCUCAUAGCCAUUUUCAGCCCUACUUAUGGUUUGAGUGUAAGACCAUCCUAUACUGAUAGGGUUUAUUUUUUAAAUUCCACCAUGGCAUCUAAUGAUAUGACCCUGUCCUUUCAUAAUGUCUCUGAGGCCGAUGUUGGCUUCUAUUCCUGCUUUCUUCAUACUUUCCCACAUGGACGUUGGGAAAAGGUGAUCCAGGUGGUUGCAUCAGAUAGUUUUGAGAUCGCUGUGCCAUCAAAUAGCCACAUCAUCUCAGAACCUGGGAAAAAUGUCACGCUCACCUGUCAGUUACCACAGAAGUGGCCAAUACACAAGGUGUCGUGGGAAAAGAUCCAGCCCCAUCAGAUCGACCUCUUGACUAGCUGCAACAUGUCCCAAGGGAAAAGUUAUACUUCAAAGUACCAAAGACAGAUACUCAGUGACUGUAGUCAGGGCAUGAGAAGCACCUUCAUCAUCAUGCCCCACGUCACGGCCUCUGACUCAGGACUUUACCGCUGUUGUUUCAAGGCCAGUGCAGGGGACAAUGAAACCUCUGAAACGUUCACGAUGAGGUUGACUGUAACUGACGGUAAAACUGAUAACCACUAUAUUGUCUUUGUGGCUGGAGGGGCAGUUGUAUUGUUGCUGUUUGUUAUCCUAACCACCAUCAUUGUCAUUUCUUACAACAGGAGAAGGAGACAGAAAAAACUACUUAAACAACCCUGGGAUGCACAGAAUAAGGUAACCAACGACUACAGAAAUCCCGACUCUACCAAUCAAUCAUCGGAUGGUGCAAGAGAGGAUAUUUAUGUCAACUACCCAGCCUUCUCUCACAGGCCAAAGACCAGAAUCUAA